AUGGCAGGUGCGGUUAUUGAAAGUUUGAGUAAUCGAAAGCUGUGUUAUAUUCUUUCGAUGUUAUUUAUUGCUUUAGUUGUGUUCUUCAUGCUUGGAGCUUUUUGUUCUCCGAAACCAUCGUCUUCUAUGGAAUUCAUUAUGGUGAAAUGCAAAGAUAAAGAAGGAGGUCGAAAUCCAGGUAGAUGGUUCUAUAUACGUCCACCACAUUGCGAUUUGAUUCAUGAUUUGGAACAAUAUGUUCCACAUUUUGAUGAUAUGAGGGACAUAGUAUUUGUUGCACAAAUGCCGCAUCAGCGAGAUGGUAUUGCUUUGGAAUAUUCGGCUUGGUUUCAAUUCUUAUUGGCUUUGCUUGAAAUCGAUAUCGAAUACAAUCCUAUGGAGAAAGCAGUUCUACAUUUUGAAGUUCGUUUGGGUUACAGAACUCAUAGUGACGGAGUUGAAGAUUGGCAUGAAUUGAUAACUGCUAAUGCAACUCGAAUUCUUGAAUGCAUUCCUCCAGAAAUGGUAAAAUCUGAAGGUUUUAUGUACAACUGUGAUGCUUUAGAUCUUUUUGAGCUCGGUUCAAAUCCUUAUCCAUUUUAUUUAAUUAAUCUUCGAAUUCCUGUCAAUCAGUCGCUAUGCCAUAUUAAUCCAAAUGGCCCAAACUGUGCUAUUGGAAAAAUUGCUGAUCUGCGGAUAAUUGCGAUCCAUCAGAAUGGUGGUUUUACUGCAAUAUGGUUAUGGAUGAAAACUUUUGUUUCACCUUUUGUUAUUAUUGCUAUUCAUUGGUAUUGGAAACGUGUCUCUGCUUUAAACAGAAAGCCGUAUCUUGUUGAGCAAUCAAUCAUGGCUUUAGGCAUUGGACUUGCCAUAUUGGAUGUUCCGAUCGAAUGGCUUUCGCUUUGGUUUAAAACACCUUUUAUGCUUUUGAUUGGAGAUAUCCGACAAGGACUUUUUUAUACAAUCCUUUUUAGUUUCUGGCUUAUAUUCACAGGCGAACAUUUAAUCGAUGAUAAUUCGAGAAAUAAUUUGAAAACAUAUUGGCGUAAUUUGACAUCCGUUUUUAUUGCAUCUGGUUGUCUUCUUUUUUAUGAUAUGGCAGAGCGAGGAAUGCAAAUUAAUAAUCCUUUCUUCAGUAUUUGGUCCUCUGAAUUAGGCUCAAAAUUCGCUCUGAUAGUUGUAUAUAUUGCAUCGUUGUGCUUAUUUUGCUAUUUUAUUUUUCUCGUGACAAAAGUUUGGCGAGUUUGUGUGACAAUUAAACGAAAACGUGCAGCUCAUUUAUAUCGAACAAGCGAAAUCCGUCGCCUCAAAGUCGAGGCAGUUAUUUAUCGAUUUAAAUUUUUGAUGUUCUUUACUCUUACAUGCGCAGCAUUUACUAUCAUUUCAUACGUUAUGAAACAGUACGGUGAAGGCCAAAUACACAGCAGUGAUCCUUCGGAAAGUCUAUUGAUUCAUUCAACUUCUGCCUUCUUCACUGGCACCUUUGGAAUGUGGAAUAUAUAUGUACUUUUAUUGUUGGCAAUGUACGCACCUUCUCAUAAAAAUUAUCAUUCAUCUUCCGUUUUAUUUUUUAAAAUGAUUUUAGUAUCUUCAGUUUUUGCUAUCUUUUCUAUAUUUUUCUUGGGCUUCAUCACAUUUAAGAUAUUUCUUCAUAUUCUUGUCGAUGAGGUUGAUGAUUCAGAUUUUAUGGCAACAGAGUCAGCUGCGCUUACCACUUUUAUAAAACCGGCUUCUGAAUAA